CUAUAAAUUUGUACAAAAUAAGUUCAGUCGUCUUACAAUUAUUUAUUGGCUCAAAAUAAUAUACGUACUUUUUGGAACACCAAUAAUGGAAGAAGAAAAACAAACAAUUCAUGUAUUAAUGGUAGCAUUUUCAUCCCAAGGUCACAUUAACCCUAUGCUUAGACUAGGUAAACAGUUACAAAAUAAAGGCCUUCAUGUUACUCUUGCCGUCACUGAAAUUUUCCUCCAUCGAAUUGCGACGAACCACCAUUCGACAACUGCCACCACCACCGCCGCCGCCGCCGACAAUCAGAUCCCCUCUAUAUCGGGGAUCGAUAUCGCGUCCUUCUCUGAUGGGCUAAGCCUAGAGUAUGACCGUAAGAGCAACCUAGAUACGUACAUGAAGACACUAGCCGAAUUUGGGCCGGUAAAUUUGACUAGCCUUGUUACGUCUCUAGGCUGUGACAUUACUAGGCCGAAGAAAUUUUCAUGUAUUAUAAAUAACCCUUUUGUGCCAUGGGUUGCUGACGUGGCGUCGCGACUAGGAAUACCGUGUGGUAUGCUAUGGAUUCAACCAUGCACACUCUUUGCAAUCUACCAUGGGUUUUACAACAGUCCUGAAGAUUUCCCUACGAAAGAAAACCCCGAAAAGAGCGUGAAAUUACCGGGUUUACCCUUGCUACAAACUUCUGAUCUUCCUUCUUUUGUGCUCCCUUUUAAUGUUUUUGGGAGCCUAGCAAAUGUAUUUUUUGAAUCCAUUAAAAACAUCCAUAAGUUGAGGUGGGUUAUGGCUAAUUCUUUCUAUGAGCUAGAGAAAGAAGUGAUUGAUUCUAUGUCAAAAUUCGUUGUGAUCAAGGGAGUCGGUCCAUUAGUCCCUGCGACACUCUUAGGCCAAGAUGAUCAUGAAGGACGCGAUUUUGUAGGGAUUGAUAUGUGGAAAGCCGAUGAUAGAUGCAUAGAGUGGCUUAACCAAAAGGAUCCUAACUCGGUAAUUUACGUGUCAUUUGGGAGCUUGGUAGUCCUUUCGAAAACACAGAUGGAGAGUAUUGCAACCGCGCUAAGGGAGAGCAAGAGGCCAUUUCUUUGGGUGGUGAAGCCGUCCGAAUUUCAGGUGACCGAGGGUGCCGGUGAACUUCCUAAGGGAUUUUUGGAUGAAACUAAGGAGCAAGGGCUAGUGGUACCAUGGUGUGCACAAAUUAUGGUUUUGUCACAUAAAUCUAUUGCUUGUUUUGUAACACAUUGUGGUUGGAAUUCUAUGUUAGAAACUAUUAGUGCUGGUGUUCCUGUUAUUGCUUAUCCAAUGUGGACUGACCAGCCAACUAAUGCUAAGCUUAUGGCUGACGUUUUUGGAGUUGGGCUAAGGUUAAGGCCCAAUAAUGAUGGGUUUUUUGAAAGUGAGACAAUUAAGGAGUACAUUGAAGAGAUCAUGGAUGGACCAAGGUCGGUUGAGUUUCGGGCCAAGGCAACGGAAUGGAAGUCCAUGGCUAGGGAUGCGGUGGCCUGUGGCGGAUCAUCGGAUCGGAAUAUUCAAGAGUUCAUUGAUGACAUUGUUAAACUAUCAUCAUCUCAUACUAUAAAAUGCAAUGUGGAUUCUUCUACAAAGUGUCAAAGUUCUUGAUAAAGGUGACGUUUGUAAUGUCUUUAUGUUGUAUGGACUAUUGUCCUCAAAAAAAAAAAAAAAAAUGUUGUAUGGACUAUACUGUAAUCCUGUGGGCCUAUUGGGCAAUACAGUUAAUCUUUGGGCUUAUUGGGCUAUGUAUGUUAACAACUACAAUCUUGCGAAUCUCAUUUUGUAUUGUUGUGAAUAUAGAAUAUACUAGAAGACCUUUUUGUA